AAGCGGAAGUGGCGGCGGCGCCGGCCUGGCCUGGCCUGGCUCUGGGGAGGCGGCGGUCGGGCGCGAUGGCAGAGGCCGGCCCGCAGGCGCCGCCGCCCCCGGGGACCCCAAGCCGACACGAGAAGAGCCUGGGACUUCUCACCACCAAGUUCGUGUCGCUUCUACAGGAGGCCAAGGACGGCGUGCUCGACCUCAAACUGGCAGCUGACACCCUAGCUGUCCGCCAGAAGAGGCGGAUAUACGACAUUACCAACGUGUUGGAAGGUAUUGGGCUGAUCGAGAAAAAAUCCAAGAACAGCAUCCAGUGGAAGGGCGUGGGGCCUGGCUGCAAUACCCGGGAGAUUGCUGACAAGCUGAUUGAGCUCAAGGCUGAGAUCGAAGACUUGCAGCAGCGAGAGCAAGAGCUUGAUCAGCACAAGGUGUGGGUGCAGCAGAGCAUCCGGAAUGUCACAGAGGACGUGCAGAACAGUUGUUUGGCCUACGUGACUCAUGAGGACAUCUGCAGAUGCUUUGCUGGAGACACUCUUCUGGCCAUCCGGGCCCCAUCAGGCACCAGCCUGGAGGUGCCCAUCCCAGAGGGUCUCAAUGGACAGAAGAAGUACCAGAUUCAUUUAAAGAGUGUGAGUGGCCCCAUUGAGGUGCUGCUGGUGAACAAGGAGGCAUGGAGUUCACCUGUGGCUGUUCCUGUGCCACCUCCUGAGGAUCUGCUCCAGAGCUCAUCUGCUGUUUCUACUCCUUCACCUCUGCCCAAGCCUGUCUUAGCCCAGCCUCAGGAAGCCUCACGUCCAAGCAGUCCCCAGCUAACCACCUCUACCCCUGUUCCUGGAAGCACUGAAGUCCCAGGAGUGGCUGGCCCAGCAGCUGAGGUCACAGUGAGUGGUGGCCCUGGAACUGAGAGCAAGGAUGGUGGUGAACUCAGUUCACUCCUGCUGGGCCCAGCAGUGCUAGACACCCGGCCGCUGCAGUCUUCUGCCCUGCUAGACAGCAGCAGCAGCAGCAGCACCAGCAGCAGCAGCAGCACCAGCAGCAGCAGCAGCACUAGUAGUUCAUCUGGACCCAACCCGUCUACCUCCUUUGAGCCCGUCAAAGUGGACCCCACAGGUGUUCUUGAACUCCCCAAAGAGCUGUCAGAAAUCUUUGACCCUACACGAGAGUGCAUGAGCUCAGAGCUGCUGGAGGAGUUGAUGUCCUCAGAAGUGUUUGCCCCCCUCCUCCGCCUUUCUCCUCCUCCUGGAGACCACGAUUACAUCUACAACCUGGACGAGAGUGAAGGUGUCUGUGAUCUCUUUGAUGUGCCUGUUCUCAACCUCUGAUUGACAAGGACGUGCCCUGUGUGGCUGAGACCCAGACUGAGCUGGGGCUGCCUGGGGACACCUGCCACCCCACACCUGCAUACCUUGAGAGCCACAGACUCCUGGCUUCCCCAGCCUUCCCUCUCUGUACAGUUCUGACCACGCCUCCCACUGCAGCCCUGCACUUGCACUGUGCUGCUAGCAGAGUGGGGAAAGGGGCUCAGUCCUCUCCACCAUGGAGCCAUAGCAUUUGCCUCUCCUUUUCUGGAACCUUCCCUAGCCCCAGCCAGCUGCCACCCAGUGGCAGAGACCGGUCAGUGCCCACAUAGGGCAGCUUGUCUAGCCCACUGCCCUGCUCCUGCUUCCCCCACCCCCACCAGGAGGGAAGGGUGGGGUAGAGCUUGGGCACUUGCCAGCUACCACCUUACCUUCUUUUCCCACUUGCUCACCCUACAGUUUCCCCUGGACCUUUCAUGUGUCCCAUCCCAUCCUGUCGUCCCGUCAUGUCACCUCCCCCAACCCCCACCCCUUCUGUUGGGCCCUGAACCCUAGGAACCUAAAGAUGGCCCAGGUGUGGGGGUGUUGCUAACAGGUGGAAAUGAGGUCUCUAGGAAUCUGGGCAGGUGGGUCCCUGAGGAUUGGGCCAACCUCCUGGUACCCGCUUAUUUCCAUUUAUUCAUUUAUUCACAUUUAGAGCCAUUUACAAAGAUUUAGAAAGAUUUACAGUAAUGAAUGAAUUCCUAUAUAAAGAUUAUUUUUAUACUUUUUGCAACAAAAGGAAAUUGUAAUAUUUGUACAGUAUCUGAUUGAAUAAAGACCAUGCCUAAGGCUA